AUUACUAUAAAAUACCCUUCAUAUGUUAGCCUUCGAAAUAGAUUUCGGGCUUGUUUUUUAACAUAACAGGAGGCGAUUUCAUGCUCCUUAGACUCCGAUUUAACAAAAUAUUUUAUAUAAUUGGGAUACUAAUAUACAAGGCUAUCAGUUUAAAAUAAAAUUUUAUAAUAAUCAUAUCUUUACUGUGAUGAAAAGCAAGGUGAUGUAAUUUAGGUGCAAGUUCAAAGGUUUUUGCUGACUACCUACUAUACUGUGCUGACUGAAGAGAAAUCACAGCACGUGUUCAAUGACCCUAUCAGACGAGGUUACUAGGUUGUAAACACUCAGCAGCUUACACAUUGAGUGUGCGUGUUUGCGCCGGCUGUUGACUCGCAUUGUCAGGCGCGACACGUCGCUCACUCAUUGUCUGCCAAUUGCCUCUAAUUAACUUCUUGAAACUACCACUUGAGCUCCUAACUUGCGAAUCUAAAUGUUGAACGAGGAGCGGGAGCGCGCUCCGUGCCUGGGCGGCGGCGACGAGGGCGAGCAGUGCGGCGACACCAUGUGGGGCGCACCGCGGCGGCUGGCGCUGGACGCGCUGCUGGCGGGCUGGGGGCUGGGCACGUGGCUGGGGGUCAACGGGCUGUACGUGCAGCUGCCGCUGCUGGUGGAGCGCCUGCCCGAGGGCUGGGCGCUGCCCGCGUCCAUGGCGCUGGCGGUGCAGCUGGCCAACGUAGGGCUGCUGCUGUACGCGCUGCUGCGGCGCCUGCUGCCGCGCGUGUCCGACUCGCCCUACAUCUACGCGCUGCUGGCGGUGGGCACGCUGGCGCUCGUCAUCAACGCCUUCGUGUACACGCACACCACGCAUAUGUUCGGCGCCGACCGCUCGCUCGCCUUUCUUGUGCUAACAUUCUGCGCAGCGCUCGUCGGCUGCACCAGCUCGGUGCUGUUCUACCCGUACCUGCGCCACUUCCGCGACGUGUACCUCGCCACGUACCUCGUCGGGGAGGGGCUCAGCGGGUUCGUGCCCAGCCUGUUGGCGCUUGCGCAGGGUGUGGGCGGCGACCCGGAGUGCGUGGUGGGCGAGGACGGAGUGCUUUGGGCCGUGCAGCCUCCGCCGCGGUUCGGGUCUGGCGUGUUCCUGCUGCUGCUGGGCGCGCUGUCGGCCACCAGCCUCGCCAGCUUCGCGGCCGUGGACCGCAGCCACGCCUUCGCGUCGGAGCGCGUGGCGCCGGCCGCCGCGGCCAAGGACGAGGAGGCCACGGCGCCGCGCGCCCAGCUGCUGGGCGGCCGCUGGGUGGCCGUGCUGGCGCUCAUGGUUGCGCUCAACGCGCUGGCCAACGGCGUGCUGCCGUCCGUGCAGUCGUACUCGUGCAUGCCGUACGGGGCGCAGGCCUACCACCUGGCGGCGGCGCUGGGCGCCAUGGCCAACCCGGCCGCGUGCCUGGCGGGCGUGUGGCUGCGGCCGGCGUCGCCGCGGGCGCUGGCGGCGCUGCUGCUGGCGUUGCUGCCGUCGCUCGGGUACAUCCUGGCUACGGCGCUGCUCAGCCCGGCGCCGCCGCUGCGAGACCAGACCGUAGGAGUCAUUGUUAUUGUGUUGUGCUGGGUGUGGACGGUGGGCGCGGUGUCGUACGCCCGCAUGUGGGUGUACGGCUGGGCGCGCAGCGGGGGCGCCCGCGGCAUGAGGGCGUGCGGCGUGGCCACGCAGCUGGGGUCGGCCGCGGGCUCGCUGCUGCUAUUCGCGCUCGUCAACUACACGGGACUCUUCACGCAGCCCGACCAGUGCCCCGCACUGACGACGAACUUUACAAAGCAAAAUGCAAUGUAAUAUGUGAGGUGCUGCGACUGACCGACCGCCCUCCCGACGGCAAAACAAAAAAUGCAAUAAGUGAGGAGAUCUAAUCACCACAUCGGAUGGACAAUAAACUUUUCGAGUGUCGUCAAUGGCUAGUGACUUAUAGAACCAGUAAUAUAGACUGUUAUUUACAAUUAAACUAUUUGUUGAAAUUUU